AUGAGUGAGGUGUCAAAUUUGAGAUAUGGCGCAGCUAUCUUCUGCUUCAUCUGGUACAUCAUCAUUUCUACCGUUGCAGCCCGUGGGUUUAUUGAAAUACUACUAAAGUUUCGACAUCGGACUUCUCUCUCAUCAUAUACUACUGCCACUGUAUCCAAAUCGAAACAAAAUGGCGGAUACAAGAAAGAUUCCGUGGAAGAUAAUCCAGACACCGCGGAGGCAACUGCAACAAGUGAAGGCGUCACCAUAAUACGACCAAUCAAGGGAAUUGAUCCCGAACUCGGGUCAUGUCUCGAAUCCUCAUUUGUGCAAAAUUACCCUCUGGAUAAAGUCCAAAUUUUAUUCUGUGUGGAUGACCCCAGGGAUGCCAGUAUUCCAAUAAUCAAGAAACUAAUCAACCGAUACCCCACCAUUGAUGCUGACAUACUUAUCAGCGAAAACUUCAACUCGGAGACAAAGAGCAGCAGUGAGCAUUAUGGGCCCAACCCAAAAGUCAACAAUUUAGCAAAGGGGUUUCUCAAGGCAAAGUACGAUAUCUUGUGGGUGAUGGAUAGCAAUGUAUGGGCCAGUUCAAACAUUUUACGCAAUUCUGUCCUUACAUUGAAUGCGAAUUUGAAUAAUGGACGGAAAUUGGGGUAUAAGCGGCCUGUUAAGCUAGUUCACCAUGUGCCAUUGGCAUUGUGCAUAGAUUCUGAAAAGACAACGGUUGGAGAGGCACACAAUCAGGGAGGUGUGGUGGAUUUAGAGGGGAGUGUGACACCAAAUGCAUCUGAAGAAGAUGAUGAUAUGGAAUACUCUUCUUUCACACUUGGUGGCACAGACUCGAAUUUGACAAAUAGAAAGCCCACGCCGACGCCAACGCCGACGCCAACGCCAACGCCAAUACCAAUACCAAAACCAAAACCAAAACCAAAACCGAAACCAAACCAGCUUGAACUAGAGCCCGGAUACAACCAUGGCAAUGGCUCUUCCGCCUUUAAUGAUCCACGGUUCAAUCUACUUUACAAAGAGGUGUGUAGUGUAAGUUAA